AAAAUUAUAUCAAAAGAUGCAAGAGAAAUAGAUAAUUUUAUAAGUACCACUAUAUUCUUAAACUGUGGUUUUGGGAACAAAUUCAUGUGUGUAGGAUCAGUUAAUUCACAAUAUUGGUUAAUAUGGGGGUGAGGGUUCUUACUCAAAAUGAAAAAGCCAUUUAUUGCUUGCUAACAUGGUUCUCGAGAUCAGGACGUCAAAGAUUCUUUCUUCAAUUUCCGAUGAUGUUUGUAUGAUAAUAAACCUGCACACCUUUUGUUCGCAAAAAAAUUGAAUAUAUACACUUUGUUAUUUAUGCCACAAACAAUCUUCAUACUUUGGUAUCAUGUUUGAAUCUACCUCAGUUUCUUCAGAAAAACACCCUAUAACCUAUGCUCCUUUCCUAGAUAAUCAACCUGGUUAUGAAUAUAAUAAAAACUCGAACCCUUCCCCUUCUUUUAAUUCGCUAAAUAAGUCUCAAUCUACCUCUCUCGCGGACGACGAUGCUUUACAUUCUAGCGAUAUAAAUAAUUUAUUAAAUGGCCAAGAAAUGAAUAUGCAUGAUACAAAUGGCUAUAAUUAUCCCAUCGACCAUAGUGACGCCAAAACUGAACAAAAUAACCAACCUUAUAUUGAAGUCAUAAGAAAAGAUUCUUUGGGGAGUUUCUCCCUAGAACAUCAUAAUAAUCCCAAGAUUGACUCGAUAAAACUGGAAGGUGUAAUUGAUAACAGAGAGGAAAGCAUAAUUAUUAGCAAAGAACACAAACUCCCUGAAACAUCCACCGAUGACAUUAAGGAUGAACAAAACAACAAUGAUAACGAGAACGAAAGUGUUCUCGUCAUUAUGGACGAAAAUGAAACUAUGUCUCAGUCAUCUAAAGAUUCUAAAAACAAAAUUAUUUUGGAAAGUGAUCUCGUUAAUUCCACAGAACAAACUGUCACAAGCAUGGUAGACAUAAGUACAAAAGUUUUGGAUUCAUCUUCUCCAAUAAAUAAUAUAAAAAAUUCGUUUUCGAUCAACAAUGAUCAUUCUUUUUAUACUAUUGACGGGUGUAAUAUGGUCAUAAAUAACAAUGAAAAUAAUUUAAAACAACCAUCACCAGGUAUUACAAGUAGCGAAAAUAAGACCAAGUCUAAAUCCGCUUAUCAUGCUACCAAAUCAAAAAGGCAAUAUAAAGGUAAAACAGACAAAGGAAGGUCACUUUAUUCCUCCGCGUUAGCGGAAGAGGAGCGUAGACUUACUGAUAUCUUACUAGCCAAGCUGAAACUCAAAAAUCUUGCUAAUGCACCGCAUUCCGAAAAAGGGAAUAUGUCAAAAGAUUGUUCUAAAUAUCCCCUCUCUAUCCACAACGAAAUACUCUCGAAUCAACUCAAGACCAAGGGCCCUUUCAUUAGGUUGUCUCGAUACCAAGAUAAAAAUCGUUACUACUUGGACGAUAACUCUAUCAACGAAAACCUUCGGAAAUCGGACGGCGUUACAUCUAUCAGUAAAAGACUCAGGCUCAAUGCUAACCCCUCCGAGCAAUACUUAGCCACCUUACUUAAUAGCACCCCUGACGUACAAUAUUCGCCUGAUAAUAAUAAUGUCUCGGAUGUUUUGCAAACCCGAUUAGGAUCAUCCAGUGUAAAUGAUAAUAACGAAAAUAAGCCUUCGUUAUUUACACCCUCUACUCCGAAAAGAUUUGUUUCGCUGUUAAAAUUAUCUCGCACCUUAGAAAACUCGUUAUCUACACCUCACUCACGCGAGAUACAUAACAAACUGAGGAUUAAACCUAACAAUGCAAGAGAUUCAAAAGCGAUUGGUUUAUCUCUACCUAAAACUGAUUGGGUAUGCAGUUUUUGCGGGAAAUCUACAUUUUUGGAUUUAGACUUAGGCGAGUUAUACGGGCCUAUCACGAUUUGCACCCUUACCUCCCAAUUGCCACCCGCGCUCAUUCAAUUUCGAUUUCUCCCGCUCGAAUUAAACAACAGCAACACACGUAAUUUGUCUCCACUUUCUUUGCCCCCUUCAAUCAAUUCCCCUACAAAGACCAAAAAGCAUUCAACGCCAAACGUCAAAAAUAGGGAAAAUUCUUUGAUCAAGGCAAAGAAAGAACAACCGGAGGUAUUGGAAACUUGCAGACAAACAGGUAUCCAAACAAAAAAUUUCCACAAACUAUCUCACGGCCACAAAACGUUUCUUAGAUUUUACUUUCACACUCCUUGCAUCAUGUGGUCAUCGCUCGUUCAUAUAAAUUCAUUCGGUUUCAUUAAUUUAGAUGUUGCCGUGAACCAAGCUCAUCUUACGGCAUGUACUAUAUGCAAUACCAAGGGAGCUAACAUAAUGUGCUCUGGAAAAAAUUGCGAGCAAUGGUUUCAUUACAUUUGUGCAUUUCAUAAAGGUUAUUUGUUCGAGAGCACGACUUAUACCGUUUACUGCAAUAAUCAUAAAGAUUUAAGAAUAAAGUUAAUGGGAAAUCAAUAGGCUGUAUUGAGUAUUUUAAACAACAAAUGGAAUAUCAUGUUAAUUUUGAUGACUUGAAUAUCAGGAUUAUUUAGACAUAUAUGUAUAAAGGUU